AUGACAGACCGAUUGACUCCAAUGUUGAACAAUAACCUUUAUGGAGAGCGACAGUUGCGUUUAAUUUUGGGUGUCAAUGACGCAAGGCGGCCAUGUUGUGACGAGGAUAUUGCCAAUCGUGCCCUGCAGUAUUUUCAAACUCUCCCACAUAGUUUCGAACGCAUUGAGCAGUGGAUUGAGCAGCUUGCUGAAAAGACUCAUAUGUUAUACGUGGGAGCAGAUGAGAUGCUUCAGGAUUGCUCCGAAAUGGAUGAUCACAGUACGGUUGGCGCAUCUGAUAUAAUCCAGGAUUAUAAGCGUACGGGUGGUUUUCUGCCACGUACAUAUAGUGGAAGGUAA